AGCCUCGGAACAUCUAGGAAAGUACACGAGUCAAUUCUAUCGGUGAGGUUGACCGCGAAGUCCGAUUAAUAUGUCGUCCGGAGAGCAGAUGAGCCUCCGUGGCACCCUCAGGGGUCACGAUGGAUGGGUUACCCAGAUUGCUACCAACCCGAAGUUUCCCCACAUGAUCCUGUCAGCAUCCCGCGAUAAGACCUUGAUCAUGUGGAAGAUCCUCCGCGACGAGACCAACUACGGGAUCCCUCAAAAGCGAUUGCACGGACACAGCCACUUCGUCACUGACGUGGUCAUGUCAAGCGAUGGACAUUUCGCAUUGUCUGGAUCUUGGGAUACUACCCUGCGAUUGUGGGAUCUCACUAGUGGUCGAACGGCCCGGAGAUUCGAAUCCCACACCAAGGACGUGUUGAGCGUCGCCUUUUCGGCUGACAACCGUCAGAUUGUGUCUGGUUCCCGAGACAAGACGAUCAAGUUGUGGAACACACUAGCGCAAUGUAAAUACACCAUUCAGGAGGAAGGCCACUCGAGCUGGGUGUCCUGUGUUCGCUUUUCGCCGAACAACCAAAAUCCGAUCAUCGUCUCCGCCGGCUGGGAUAAACUCGUCAAGGUGUGGAACUUGACCAACUGCAAGCUCAAGACGAACCAUGUGGGACAUCAAGGAUACUUGAACACGGUAACUGUCUCUCCGGAUGGUUCUCUGUGCGCGUCCGGCGGCAAGGACGCCAAGGCGAUGCUUUGGGACCUGAACGAUGAGAAGAAACUGUACACGUUGGAUCAUUCGAAUAUCAUCAACGCGUUGUGCUUCUCGCCAAACCGUUAUUGGCUCUGCGUUGCAACUGGCCCUACGAUUCGUAUCUGGGAUUUGGAAGCGAAGCAAGUUGUCGACACCCUUACACCCGAAGUUGUGUCGCGGUCGUGGAAGGAGAAGUUGCAGUGCCUCUCAAUGGCGUGGUCGUCGGAUGGCCAAACUCUUUUCGCUGGGUACUCUGACAACUUGAUCAGAGUGUGGCAGGUGUCCAUCGCCGCCCGCUGAUUGAUAAUUGAAAAAAUGAGAAUGUGGAAAGUUUGAAAAUGCAGUGCGCAUGGAACUGCCGAAGAA